GCCCACGCCUGCGUUGCCUGGCCCCGCCUCCCGCCCAGCCUUUAAAAGCUGGAGUCCCACCAUGGCCGGCUGCAUUCGAACCUGCCGCACUUUCGCGACUUCCUGUGUUCGAAAUUCGAAAAGUUCCCGAUUUCGACUCGUUGGACGACUUUGAGAUCAUGCUGAACAAGAACUUCGCUAUCGCCGUGGCCGUGGUGCUGGCGUGCGUGUGCCUCGCCGAGGCGCGCGAAGAGAACCCGCACGACAUGGCCGACGCGUUGCGCAUGCUGCAAGAACUUGACCGCUACUACACCCAGGCUGCCAGACCCAGGAUCGACCGCCGCGACGUCGGCGACGACCGCGUCGACCCGCAUGUGAUAGACCGCGCGCUCCGCCUCCUCCAACUACAAACCCUAGACCGUCUUUACUCCUACCACACGCGACCAAGGUUCGGGAAACGCUCCGAAUCCUUUUCAAACUGGGCCAAGGAUCUUGAAAAGCCAGACAUACCCGCCUGGCUGCAAUACGCCAGAAGGAGAUGAGGAGAGCAACCGCAGCCGGGUCCUUCGCUAGAGCCGUCUCUGAAUACUGCUAAUACCAAUUAAUGCCCUCCUACCAAUAACCCUCUUAUCUAUUAAUAUUUAACUACUUUUUCUGUGCACUUCGAGUCACACCAUACUGAGAUGGCAACGAUUUUGAUAUCUCCGGCUACGGAAAGAUCAAGUAAAGGUUAUCAUUUCGUAGAAGCUUGAUAACAUUUGCAUCGGUCGGACUGUCAAAUUCGCUGCCAACUAACAUUAGUGUAACUCUGUCAAUUACUUAACAAAAUAUACAUUUGGCUCUUGUUCGUUUUCCUCUUUCAAUUUAUUUCUUUUUAUUAUGAUAGAUUUUACAUAGUAGUAAAUGUUGACAUAGAUUACCCAUUCGUUUCACCCGUUCCGAUUUCAUUCUUAAAUAUUUAUGUAAUUUAAGAUUAAAUGCAUUUGAAACAUAUGAAAUUGAGCCUGGAGGUAACAGGACUAUCAAUGUAACGUUAUGGAAUAAAAGCAAUUAAGAAAACGUAAUAGUUAA